AUGGCAAUGAGAGCUCCUCGGGGCGAGGAGCCGAGGGCGAUGAGCGGGCGAGGCCGCGGGUGGAGGGCGCGGCGCCGCGGCACACCGAUAGCGGCUAGCUACGGACACGUACCGGGCGUCGUCGUCCGCCGCUACUUACGGAAUAGGCAUACACUACCGCGCUACGGUAAAGGGUCGCUAUACCUUCAUCGCAACACACGGACAGUCGCGGGCGGCGGCGCGGGGCGCGUGCGGUCGGGGAGCGGCGUCGCUCUCGGCGCCUGCUGGCGGCUCACUGGCGCUGGGCGGCGAGCGACGGCCCGCCCAGCGCGCCCAUCGAUCUGCGCGUCGCGCUGCGCCAACUAA